UAGACCUGAAGGAAGGAAGCUACGGGAAUCGCGAGCAGGCUCUUUGAAACCUGAACGGCCAGCUCUGCGAGCCGCGAACCCACCUGCUGCAACCCAAGUCCUACCCCGGUCUGCCCUCUGAGUACCUAAGUUAAUUUUCCCCCUCCUUCCCCGAUUCAGCUCGUUCUUUCUUGGCCCCCCUCGUCCCGCCGCCGCCGCCGCCCACAGCCUCCCCUCCAGUCUCACCCCCUCUCUCGCCCGCCUGCGGCCCCGUUUCCCCAGCACACCCGCUUUUCCUCUCUUCUUCUUUUUAAGACUGCCCAGGUCCUAUGAGUUCUUUGAACUCUCGCCUAAAAGGCUUUGGUUUCGGUAAACGGAAGUCGAGCGCCUUGAUCCAGCCCCAGUCCCCAGCCCAACAGCAGCAGCAGCAGCAGCAGCAGCAGCAGCAGCAACAGCACCAGCAACAGCAACAGCACCUCCCCCAUCAACUCCAGCAGCUGCCUCAGCCGCCCACGGGAAGGGCCAGUCCUGGCCUCAGCGUGCUACAAAACCAGAACCAGAUCCCGACCCCGACGCCGACCCCGCCGCCGACGGGCGCUCCUCAAAUACCGCCGCUGUUCCCUUCAAGCGUGCCGCGCCCGGGUCCGCUCCCGCCGAGUGCAUCGCUUCCCCCGCAGCAGACCAUCCCAAUGAAUCAUCCAGGCGCUGGUCCGCGACCACCCAGCUACUCAGCAAACUACCCGCCCGGCCCUCCAGGCGCCGUCGGCCGCACCAGCCCGCUCGCCAACCAAGGCCCGACCCGCGCGCCGCCGUCGCAAAUGAUUGGAGGCCCUCCGCCCAUCAACACCGCCGCUCCCCCCGUUGCUGGGUACCCACCCCCAGUCGUGGGAGGUGGCCCUCCUCCUCCGGUGCCCGGCGGUCCCCCGGGCUACGCCGGCCCGACCGGCUACCCGCCCCCGGCGCCCCAGCCCGCCGGGCCCAUCGCUCCUUACGCGCGCAAUGCCGCCGAGGUCGAGGGCAACAGCCGCAGCAAGGCCCAGCUGAUCGUCGGCAUUGAUUUUGGCACAACUUUCUCCGGCGUCGCCUUCGCCUUCGCGACGAACAACGAGGCCAAGGAAGACAUCAUUACUGAGUGGCCCGGCGCCGGCUCGUACACAAAGCAGAAGAUCCCGACAGUGCUCUACUAUGACCAGUACCAGAAGGUGGUUGGCUGGGGCCCCGAUAUCGCCGAUGCCCUCGCCCCCACCGGCUACCCCAAGCCGGGCGUGCAGAAGGUUGAAUGGUUCAAGUUGCAGCUAAUGCUCUCGGGCAACACGUACAUCGACCCCAUCAAUCUGCCGCCGCUGCCGCCGGGCAAGUCGGAGAUUGAUGUGGCGGCCGACUACCUCUUCAAGCUCCGCCAGGCCAUGCGCGCUGCCCUGCAGAAGACGCUCGGCGAGGUAUUCAACCGCGAGGAAAGGAACAUCCGCUACUACCUGACCGUGCCGGCCAUCUGGAACGACGCCGGCAAGGCCGCCACCCGUGCCGCCGCCAUCCAGGCCGGAUUCCUCCGGGAUGAGAACGACAACCGUCUGACGCUGGUCAGCGAGCCCGAGGCGGCCGCGCUCUUCUGCUCCAAGACGGGUCUGCUCAACCUCAAGGUGCACGACGCCGUGCUCAUCGUCGACUGCGGCGGCGGUACGGUCGACCUGAUCGCGUACGAGGUCGAGGACGAGAACCCCUUCACGGUGGCCGAGUGCACGGCCGGUUCGGGCGACUCGUGCGGCUCGACCGCACUGAACAGGAAUUUCAGCAACAUCCUGCGGACCAAGAUCCGCAAGAUGAAGCUGCCCGACGGCUCCAAGACGGCCGGCCGCGUGUACGCCAAGUGCAUCAUGGACUUCGAGAACCGGAUCAAGGCCGACUUCCGGAAUAACGGUCAGAAGUGGGCCGUGGACGUCGGAAUCGAGGCCGAGUUCCCCGAGGCCGGCAUCGAGGAGGGCUACAUGACCUUCACCAACGAGGAGAUCCUGCAGUGCUUCGAGCCCGUCGUGAACCGCAUCCUGGAGCUGGUCCGAAACCAGAUCAUCGCCAUCCAGGCGCAGAACAGGACGCUGCAGAACAUCCUGGUCGUCGGCGGCUUCGGUGCCUCGGAGUACCUCUUCCAGCAGAUCAAGCUCCACGUGCCGCCGCAGUUCCAGUCCAAGGUGGUCCGGCCCAUGGACUCGGUCGCUGCCAUCGUCAAGGGCGCCGUCACGGCCGGCAUCACCGAGAGAGUCAUCACACACCGCGUCGCCCGCCGGCACUACCUCAUGGCCACGCUGCAGCCGUUCAAGGAAGGCUACCAUCCCGAGGCGUACCGCGUGCCCUCGCUCGACGGCAAGGACCGCUGCAAGUUCACGCGCCAGAUCUUCGUCCAGAAGGGCCAGAAGGUCAAGAUCGGCGAGCCGGUCAAGGUCUCGUUCUUCCGGCAGGUCGCGCCCGGCGCCACGCUCAUGUACGAGGACAUUCUGUACGCCUGCGACGACGACGUCUGCCCGGAGUAUACCAAGGAUCCCCGGAUCAAGGAAGUGGUCACGCUCACGUCGGACCUGUCGCGCAAGAACCUGGAGAAGGACUUCGAGCGCAUGGACACGCCACAGGGCACCUUCUACCGUGUCUACUUCGACAUCUACCUCACCCUGGACGGCUCCGAGUUCAGCGCCGAGCUCGUCUGCCAAGGCGAGGUCAUGGGCCGGUGCAGGGCGCGCUUCAGGUGAAGAAGGAGAGAGACAGAGAGAAGCGGCGUCAACGAGGGACAUGUCGAAA